CCGCUGCUGCCCCAGCGGGCGGCUUACUGGCCCGGGUCGGGCCGGGCCGGGCCGGGAUCUGGCCCGGCUGGGAGGUGGGCACUGGGCGGCGCUCCGCCUCCACUCCCCUGCGGGAACUACCCGAGGAGAAUCGCUGCGCGGCCGGGCCGGGCCGGGUCAGGGCCGCAACAGCGGCCGCGAUAGCGCAGCGAGCAGCCCAGGAGCACGCCGGAGGGAGCCGGGUCCCGGAAAGCUGCGUGGCUUCCCCGCUCCUCGGUUCCGCUCUUUUCUUCCUCCUCCUCCCACCCCCCGCCUCCUCCUCUUCCUCUUCUUCCUCCUCUCCAGGUCCUGCUGCUCCCCCUGGCCCGCAGGAUUGCUGCUGGCCUCCGCCCUGGGUGCCCAUCCCGCGGAUAGCUCCGAGGCUCCUAGCACCCCAGGCUACCACAUUUCUGGGUGCGCCUGGAGGCCCCCCCAGGAGGCCUACCGGCCCCCGCCCUCCUCCCUCCGCCUUCUCCCGGUCCCCGGGACCCCGCCGCUCAAUUGUUUGAAACUUCUCCGCCCCUCGGCCCCUCCUCUUUCUCUCUUCUCCGCCCCCUCUCCCUCUCCUCUUCGGCCCCUCCCCUCUCCCCUCUCCUCUUCCCCCCCCCCCAAGGCGAACGGCCGAUCGGGCCGGACUGGGUCCGGCGUCUCCCCUCCCCCUCCCUCCUCCCACUGCCCCCUGCCGCCCCCUGCCCCACCCCCCUGGCCGGGGGCGGGCCGAACCGUUCCCCACCAGAAGAAUAAUAGCCCGACAGACAGCCAGUGUCCGCAGUCGCUCGCUCACCUUCGCUGGGCCGCCCUGUCUUGUCCGUCAGUGGCUCCGUGCGCUCCGUCAGUGCCUUUGCUGACCGCAGCCGCCCUCGAAGCAGGCACGCCCCUUCCCUUCCCUCUGCGAAGGGCUGGGGUAGUCCCCGCAUCUCCGGCCGCCGCUGCCCGCCCGGAGCCCAGCUCACCUCCUAGCGCCCACAGCCGCCAGCCCUACCGGCUCCCGCAUCCCUCCCUCUCGGGCGGCCGUCCGCUCCGGGAGCACAACCCCAAGGGCAUCGGCGGCGGCGCGGCGGCGCCCAGCUCACGGCUCCAGCCACCUGAGCCCGAGGUGAGGUCCGUACCGUAGAGCAGUGCCUCCUGUCGUCCUGUCGUCCUGUCAUCCAUCCAUCUGCCCUGUGAGAUCAGUGGUGGGGAUUUGUUCCCAGAGUCCUGAGAGAGCCUAGCAGCUUCGCUGGAGUGAUUAUAGGUUCUUUUGGUGUUCCAGCUUCCUGAAAGCAGCCAGCCAUUGGGAGGCUCAGUGAGAGGAGAAAGUUGACUGGAGGAUUUCCCUGUGCUUUAGCUGAUCAGCCCAACCCUUUUGGGGCAGGCCAGAGAACCUGUAGAGUUUUGUCAGGACAGAGCGGCCAGCGGUCAGACUCCCGGCAGAAGCAGAUCGGCCACAGUCAGCCCCACGAAGCCUUCGGGGACAAGACAAGCUGAGAGGCAGACGGACCAGGCUUUGGUCCUUGUUAGAACCAAAAGCCGCUUCCUUCUCUAAGGUUUCCCAAAGGAAAGCAGAAAUAGGUCAAGGGCAGCCCAAGCAGCCACUUUUACUCUCCACCCACAAGGCCCCAGCUUUGGAGAUGAGGAAUUCCGAAGAGCCACCAGCCACCCCUACUGUGCUGCAGCGGCUGCUGCAGGAGCAGCUACGCUAUGGGAACCCCAAUGAUAAUCGUAACCUCCUGGCCUUACACCAACAAGCCACAGGAAAUGCUCCCCCUUUCCCUGGUGGUGGGGGCGGGAGCCCUGGAUCUCAAGGGGAGGGGAUGAACCCCCAAGAUCAUCAGCACCCCCACCAGCACCAGCACCCACACCAGCACCCUCAUGUGCACCCGCACCAACACCCGCACGUGCACCCACACUCACACCCACAGCAACUCGGGGCCCAUGCUGCCCGUCAAGAGCCCCAGGGUCAAGAGAUCCAGGUAGACAACAACGUCAUGGAGAAGCAGCUGCCCUCCCGUAGGCAGAAUAGUGAGGAUCUGCCCACUUAUGAGGAAGCCAAGGUCCAGUCUCAGUACUUUCGAGGCCAGCAGCAUGCCAGCGUUGGGGCUGCCUUCUAUGUCACUGGGGUCACUAACCAGAAGAUGAGAACAGAGGGACGGCCCGCGGUACAGCGGCUCAACCCGGGGAAGGUCCACCAGGAUGAAGGGCUCCGAGAUCUCAAGCAAGGCCAUGUCCGUUCCCUCAGUGAGCGCCUGAUGCAGCUGUCACUGGCCACCAGCGGGGUCAAGGCUCAUGCCCCUGUGACAAGCUCUCCACACUCCCCACCCCAGCCUGGUGACCUUUAUAAGAGCCCUGCCACUUCUGGCGACUUCUAUAAGAACCCAGGGCCGGCAGCAGCUCAGCCCAGUCUGAAGGUCAUGGAGCAUCGGGGCCCACCUCCUGAGUAUCCCUUCAAGGGUUUGCCCAACCCAUCUCUGGUCUGCAAGCCCCAGGAACCUGGGCACUUCUUCAGUGAACAUCGGAUGAGCCAGCCUGGAAGAAUGGAGGGGCCCAUGAUGAGGUACCAGCAUCCCCCUGAGUAUGGAGCAAGCAGGAGCCAAGAGAGAGAAUCGGAAGGGUAUGGUCUUAGACUGCUCCUGAACCCCGGGGCUGGGGAGAAGGAAGAAGAGCCGUCAUUAAGGCCCCUCCUGAGGAAUCCCAUGGAAACCAAGUAUCUGCCAACCCAGGACAUUUCCCUGCAGCCGAGGACCCCUCACCAUCAUAGCCCUACAUCUUCUGUGACAUCACUGGGGUCCUUGAACCUGUUACAGUCACCACCAACAGCCAGACCAUCUCCGGGGCAACAGCACCCCCUGAGCCAGAACCAGGGAGAGCCCAACUCUCUCCUGCCCAGGCCCCAGCAGCUAUUCCUGCCUAGUCAGGGCCACCAGGGGGAAUCCUACCGCCAGGGACAGCCCAAUCCAAGCCAGCAGCAGCCAGGAGAUGCCUACUCUGCCAUGCCUCGGGCUCAGCAGCUAUCCUCCCCUUACCAGCCCAUGCCAUCAGACCCCUAUGCCAUUGUCUUCAGAGCCCAGCAGAUGGUGGAGGUGCUCUCUGAGGAAAACCGGUCCCUUCGCCUGGAGCUAGACACCUGCUAUGAGAAAGUGACAAAGCUGCAGAAGCUGGAGACAGAAAUCCAGCGUGUCUCAGAAGCCUACGAAAACCUGGUAAAGACUUCUUCCAAGCGGGAGACCCUGGAGAAAGCCAUGAGAAAUAAGCUAGAGGGAGAGAUCCGGAGACUCCAUGACUUCAACCGAGACCUUCGAGAGAGAAUGGAGACAGCCAACAAGCAGCUUGCUGAGAAGGAGCAUGAGGGGUCAGAGGACACCCGGAAGACCAUCUCCCAGCUCUUUGCACAAAAUAAAGAGAGCCAGCGGGAGAAGGAAAAGCUGGAGAUGGAGUUGACAGCAGUGCGCUCCACCAAUGAGGACCAGCGGCGCCAUAUCGAAAUCCGGGACCAGGCCCUGAACAAUGCCCAAGCCAAGGUGGUAAAGCUGGAGGAUGAGCUUAAGAAGAAGCAAGUGUAUGUGGAGAAGGUGGAGAAGAUGCAGCAAGCCCUGGUGCAACUCCAGGCGGCCUGUGAAAAGCGGGAGCAGCUCGAGAACCGCCUCCGGGCCCGGCUGGAGAGAGAGCUGGAGUCUCUGCGCAUGCAGCAGCGUCAAGGCACCUCGCAGGCAGCCAACCUCUCAGAGUAUAGCGCUGCAGCCCUCAUGGAGCUACUUCGGGAGAAGGAAGAACGCAUCCUGGCUCUGGAGGCUGACAUGACCAAGUGGGAACAGAAGUACUUGGAGGAGACAGUGAUGAGGCAGUUUGCCUUGGAGACCGCUGCCACAGUGGCAGCACAGAGGGACACAACCAGCAGCAGCCAUUCUCCCAACACCAGCUAUGACAAGUCCCUGGAGGCCCGUAUCCAGAAAGAGGAGGAAGAAAUCUUACUGGCCAACAGAAGAUGCCUUGAUAUGGAGGGCAGGAUUAAGACCCUUCAUGCCCAGAUCAUCGAAAAGGACGCCAUGAUUAAGGUUCUCCAGCAGCGCUCCCGGAAGGAGCCCAGCAAGCCUGAACAGCUGACACCCAUGCGCCCGGCAAAGUCUCUGAUGUCUAUUUCUAACACCAGCUCAAGCUUGACCCCUCACUCCUCCACAGUCAGCAGCACCCCCAUCAUGGAAGAGAAGCGGGGAAACAAGAGCUGGAAAGGGAGUUUAGGGGUCCUCCUAGGCACAGAAUGCCACUCUGAGUCAUCCAUCCCCUCUACCCCAUCUUUCCCACCACUUUCAGCUCACUCCAAGACAGGCAGCCGUGACUGCAGCACCCAGACAGAUCGUGGAGCAGAACCAGUCAAAAUGGCCACCUCUGCUGUGGCCGUUGCUACUGCCACCAACACCACUGCCACUACAGCCGUCACUGCCACCACUGGGCCUGGGUCUGAGGCAUCAGCUACAGCUGCAGCUGUAGCUCCUGCUCCUCCUGUGGCUCCUAAUCUUGCCACUGCUGCUGCCAGCACUGCCAUUGUUGCUCCUGUUGUUGCUGGGCCCACUGCUGGGCCCACUGCUGGGCCCACUGCCGGGGCUACCACAGGAGCUGCUGCUCCCUCUUCUGUCCAUCCAGCUACCAACCCUGGAGCAACUCAUUUCCCUGUUCCAAACUCGGCCUACAAUUCAGAUAAGACAGAUGGGCCGCUUAUCCGCUCUGGUGCUAUUGAAAGAAAAGUGAGCGCUCGUCCUCCAGGACACGACCAUCCAGAUGUGGAAAUCGUGGAGUAUCUCAUCUAAAUGGGCCAGCCCGAGAGAUAUGGCGAGCCCCCAAGAUCGUGCUUUUGUCUUUUGGUUUUAGAAAGCCAUUUUGUUUGGAAACAGAGCAGUCCUUGAGUUUUAAGGAAUAGUCCCUCCCUCCCGCUGUAGUGACAAGACCUUAAAGGCAGAGUAAUUAUUAGGAUGUGCUUUAAGUUAGCUUUGGAUUUUUUUUUUUUGCUUGUUUGAAUACUGGAACUCCUCCUGUCUGGAUAGAAACCACUGUCUUAAAUGCGCCGGGUUGGUUGUCAGGUGCAGCCUUAGAAUACUGUCACUGGCAAGUUUAUUAGUAGCAUGGAGGCAGGAAAAGCCUUCUAGCCAGUGUCCAGAAAGUGCUAUUUGAUGGCUUGUGGAAAGGCCAGUAGGGGAUGUGAAUUCUGACCACCAUUCUUCCCCCCCUCCCCAGGCCCCUUCCUUCCACUAAGAAAUUGAGCCCACCUUGACCGUUGGCGAUCUGGCCACGUGUGGCUAUUGGCUCUUUGCAUGUGGAUUUCCAAAAAUAGCUCUCCUCUGGACCUGUUCAGAAAUCAGAAAAUAGCUCAGAGAGGGAUCCAGAACUUCUUGCAUCUUCUGCAUGGUUGGGGCCGGGGUGGGGUGGGAUGUUGCCUCCAGUGGGCUCUUUCCAAAGACCAAAGGAGGUGUCUGGUGGCAUUCCUUUGGAAUGCUAGUCAGGGUCUGGAAACAGCCAUUUUCAUCUGCCAUUUUCUCAGAUCUGUCUUCUGAGGCCUGUAUGGCUUGUAUUACCCUAGGAGAGAUGGCAUUGAAAACUCUGAGGCCUAACUACGACACAGUGAGGAAAGGAAGUGGGUGACAGCUGUCCCUAGGCACCUCUUCUCACCACCAAUCUACCGUGCUAGGAAACAAAGCCUUAACAGACUGUUUAGAAAACAACAGGGAGAUGGGUGUGAGGCUGGAACCAAAGACAUAGUAGGAAAACUCCACAAAUAGAAGCAGCAUAGGAGACUUGGAAUCUGAAGAUCUGGGUUCAAAUUCCAAUUCCCAUGCUUACUAUGUAACUUUGAGCAAACUGCUUUUCCUCUCUGAGCCUCUGUUUUCUCAUCUGUGAAAGGGAGAGAAUAAUCUCGCACGACCUACCUCACAGAGUUCUAGUGGGGCAGGUGCUUUGUCAGUCUUAAAGUGUCAUAGAAAUGUGAGGUAUUAGAGGGCUAACAGGAGCAAUGGCUUUCCCGAUCCUUGCCGUGGGAAGGGAGUGGAGGAGGAGCAAAGGUUAGAAUCAAAAUGGAGAAAAGAAUGGGUGUGCUUGAGCCUUAGACCAUAAUAAUGACAAUGUUCAUACAAUCUUUGAGCCUGGAGGGACCCUUGACACUAGUUCAUCCCCCCACUUUUUUCUAAAUAGUGGGGAAGACUGAGGCUCAGAGGAGGGGCAGCGAUGCCCAAGGUCAUAUAGGGAGCCCAUGGCUCCGUCUCCCCCACUUCCUGCUUCCCAAAGUGGGUCCCUUUCUCCAUUUGUACCCUGAACCCCCUCAAAGUCAAAGCUUCAGUCUGGCGGCCUCGGUUUGCUUCCUGGGUUCCUCUCCAAGUAUAGACACUGUCCAGUGGUUACGGCUUUUCUGCACCCUCGGUGCACAAUAGCGCACGGUCCCUGCAACCACCAUCAUGUGGCCACUUCUUGUUCCUCACGCCCUUUGGCUUCCCAGGACAAUUGACUUCCCCUCCCCGGCUCUCCGCAUUCUUCUUUCUUCCAUGUUGUCUGAAGGGCCCAGAAUUACAGGGGGACUCUGCUGACUUGGACACAGGAUGUCCCCCCUCCCAGUCUGUCACCAGCAGCUAUCUAAAUGAAGCGUAACUUCUCUCUUUUCAAAGGUCUGGAAAUGGGGCUCACCGUCUUCAGAUUUCCUUCCGGUGUGGUGUAUGGUAGUGGCCGCUGUGGGGCCCUCUCUCUGGUCCCUCCCUACCUAUCUAUGCAUUUCUCUGGCACCUUCCCUAGGAGGGGAAGCCUUCUUUUACUUAAUGGGAACUGGGGCUUUGGGGGGUAGGGUGCGGGGAGGAGGGGUGCAUUAAGGCAAUGGUAACCUAUGGCUUAGUCUAAGCUAGCUCAGCACAAGACGCUUAUUAGGAGCGUUUCUCUCAAGUUGAUUUCUAUCCAGUAGAUGUUUGGGGGGGCUUGGGGGUUUUCUUUUCUUUUUUUUUAAAGCCAAGUGCAUAUUUUGAAUUUCAUAUCGUAUUGAUGAAGGCUUUACUUUUAAUGCUGCUUUUUUGAGUUUCGGGGGAAGGGGUGGGGGGAGGGGGGCCCAAAGCCAAGGGAUUGUGGGAAGCACCACUGGACCCAACCCAAGGGUUAAGUCUUGUUGUGAAAGUUUGGUGUGGCUAUUGGCUGCCCUUUGGGUGGGGGAAGGGAAAGGGAGGGAGGGAGGGAGGGAGGGAGUGAAGGAGGGAGGGAGGAAGGGAAAAAUGGAGGGAAGGAGGGAGGGGGGUUCUUUUUGCUUUUGCUUUCUAAAGGGCCCUUAGAAACUCUGCGAAUGAAUGAGGCAGCUUUAAUUCUGAAAGUGUAAAUAUGCACUACUUUAUAAAUUAUAUCCUCCUAUCUAAUAGCCAUAAAAUCUCAAAUUUAAAAAAAAAUGUGAUUUUGUGUGGGUGUGUAUGUGUGGGUGGGUGUUGAAGGUGUUUAUUUAAACGGCUGCCUUCCUUAUUACUUACUACAGAUGUUUUCUGAAGGAGGGAGUUGGGUGAUGGGCUGACCUCUAACACCUGUCCCCAUCCCUAGCCGUCCUUUGCCAUCUCUAGUCCGGACUCCGUCCUGUUCUGUACUGGUAACACCAUCCAAUAAAAGCUUUCUCUAGACAUUGA